UACUACAAAAUAGAUUUAUUUUUUUCUUAAAUUUGCUGUUUGCUAACAAUAUUAUAUAUCCUACUCAAUGUUAUAGAAUAAGAUAUUCUUUUAUUACUUGGUACUAUUAUUGCUUAUAUUUUGCAAGUAGCAGCAUUUGUAAAAAUCUUCUUAAUUUACUUAGAUGUCUUAAUUAGGCUUAAUUACCAUUUAUUAAAAAAAACUAAAGUUAUAUAAAUUUUAUAAAGAUGUUUGAAAAUGAAUUUAACAUGUAUCAAAUUCUUUAAAAAAUACUUAAAAUAGCAUAUGAACUCUCUUUAUUUAUUAAUUUACUGCACAGAAGACAAUUCAUUUAAAAAAUUCAAUAAUUUUUAGCUUCUUAGACUUUCAAUCUAAGAUUAUAUUUAGAGAAAAAAAAGAGACAAAUAUGCUCCUUUCUUUUCUAAUAAUUAGCCUAAUGAUGAAAAUAGCUUUAAAGAUACUAAUAAUUUAGCAUAUUCUACCAGAAAAGCUCUUCUUAACAAUAGAAUGAAAGAAAGGAGUAUUUUAAAAUAGAGCAGCAUAUUAUUAAAUACAAAUUAAAAUUCUCCAAAAAAAUAUAUGAUUUAGUUUAACUACGAAUGCUAAUCUCCAACAUAAAAUAGUAUUUUUAGCUAAUAAUUUAGUCCGAAAGUAAAUAUAAAGUUUUCUGAAUUCCUAAACAAAAAUUAAACAUAAAUUGAUUCAUAAAUUAGUGAAAACACUAGCGAGUAAGAAGUUAAUUAAUAAAAUAACUGCUAAACUAAAUAUAAUUUUAGAACAAGAAGCAAUAUCAAAAAUAUCAAUCAUGAUUAGUUUGUGCUAUUGAGUAGCCCAAUAGAGUACAGAAAUUAUAAAAAGAAUGAUGAAGAAUUAUAUUCAAUUUUUAAUUAUAAACCUUCUGCUUAAAAAAAACAAACUCUUUAAUCUGAUGAAGCCAAUCAGAUAGAAUGA